AUGGGCACCUACGUGGAGGACUACCUCGAGAGCAUGUACCUGCUGCCGUCGGAGCUCAAGCGCAACUUCGACCUCAUGCGGGAGCUGGACAAGUCGUCCUACCCGCUCCUCGACGAACUUAAGGAGAGCCAAAAAGCGUACUUAACCGGUGCGCGACAAAAGGUGCUCGAAAGGUGCGCAGAUUCGACAAAAGGUGAGCCCACGGAGCAGGAGCUGCGCGAGCUCAUCGGGGCCGACGACGAGAUCGCCAAGCUGCAGGAGAAGCACGCGCUGGUGGUGCAGAAGCUGGACGAGAAGGUGGCCAUCGCCGCGCAGAGCUACGACAUCGUGGACCACCACAUCCGCCGCCUGGACCGCGACCUGGAGAACUACGCGUCGCUGCUCAAGAACAGCGGCGAGUACCAGGAGGACAGCAGGCCGCAGCGCAAGAAGCAGAAGGUGGCAGCGGCCUCAGUGACGCAGUUAGGUCAGCAGAGCCACGUGACGCCCCAUGUCACCAGCGUCCGCAGCAAGAACAGCACGUCCAGCAGCGUUAAGGACAAGUCAGGGACGCCCGCGGUCUCCAAGGCCUCGGGCGGCGGCUCCAGCUCCUCCAGGAAGCGGUCGGUGGCUGAGGCCGCUGUGGCUGUGCCUGUUGCUGCGGCGGGGCCGGUGCUGCUGGCCUCCGAGGACCUCCCCAUCGACCCGAACGAACCUAUUUAUUGCAGCUGUCGGCGCGUGUCUUUCGGGCAGAUGGUGGGCUGCGACAACGACGACUGCAAGUACGAGUGGUUUCACUUCGGCUGCGUCGGACUCACGGACCAGCCACAAGGAAAAUGGUACUGCCAAGACUGCAAGUCGCAGCUCGGGAUCAAGUGA